CAAGAAUCAAAUGUUGUUGAAAAGUUUAAUUUUCAAUCUAAUUUUUCUGAUUCAAAAUCAUCAAGCUACAGCUAGCUCCUUUACAUGUCAAGCGGAUGAAAGUUUGAUGACAAUUCAUGACGUCAUAAUUUCUGGAUAUGCAUGUGAUUUGCGUGUGUUUGACAUUAGUGAAGAAUUGUCAAUAAAUGUGAUACAUUUGGAAAAAAGAAACGAUGAUUCCAUAAAAAUUGUUGCAUACCCAAAAGUUUCGACGUACAAAGAAGCAGAAGAAUCAAUUUUCGAGCAAGGUUUGGAAGAAACUUGCCAAAAAUUCAAGAAUUUAAAUGGAAUUGCUUUCAAAAAGCAAUCAAAUUGGUCAAAAAGUCGAGAGUUUAAUCAAAAUUUUCUCAAAGAAUGCCGAAACUUGGAAUAUUUGGACAUAUCCGAGAAUAAUAUCAAUCAUGUGUCUGUUGACUUUUUAAACUUUGAUGCUAAGCUGAAAAUAUUGAAUUUAGAAGACAAUAUAUUGACGGAACUGCCAGAAAUGUUGUUUGAUAAGCAGCGGGAAAUCGAGAGACUUUAUCUUGGAAUGAAUUGGCUUUAUGAACUUCCAGGUGGCUUAUUUAGUCCACUUAAAAACCUUCGAGUGUUGGAUUUGCACUUUAAUAACCUUCUAAGCCUUAAAUUAAAGCUUUUUAAUAAGUUGGGUAGACUUGAAGUCCUUAAACUUAACAGAAAUUCAAUAUUUGACUUGCCUGCAAAAAUAUUCUCGACUCUUGUCAAUUUAAAUGUUUUGGACCUAAGUCAGAACAAAAUUACAGACAUACAUCCUGAAACAUUCACUGGAUUACGACAGCUUGAAGAUCUAAACCUUCAGUUUAAUGAAAUAACAGCACUUUCAGCGAAUGUUUUUAUCUCUUUACAAAAGCUAAUCAAUAUUGAACUGAGUGACAAUAAAGUUGAAGUUUUACAUCCUUUAUGCUUCGUGGGAAUGCAACAAUUAGAGACAUUGAAUCUUCAGUCAAAUCAGAUUUUGGAUAUACCCGAAAAUAUCUUUGAGCCACUCAACAACUUGAAACUUUUAAAUCUCCAACAAAAUAAAAUUCAGACUUUAAGCACCAACAGCUUCAACAGCCUUAAUAAUUUAGAACAACUCAUCCUUGAGAACAACAAAAUUGCUCAUUUGCCAUUUCAAGUAUUCAGCACAUUGACAAGUUUAAAGGCUCUGAGUCUCAACAGCAAUCAAAUUGCAACAUUAACGUCAAGCUGCUUUUGUGGACUGCAAAGUUUGGAACAGUUGUACAUGAUAAAGAAUAAAAUUGAGGAACUUUCAGAUGACAUUUUUAAUCCACUCUUUAACCUUAAAAUUCUGAACGUCGGCGAAAAUAAAUUAAAAGAUUUAAAUGAAAAUUUAUUUUUAAAUAAUCCUUACCUGAUUGAACUUGCAAUCCACUCGAAUGAGAUAUCUGAAUUACCUCCUGGAAUUUUUAAACCAUUGACGGAAUUAGAAACGUUAUGGUUGUAUAGGAACCAGCUAACUGACAUUCACUCAAUUUCUUUUGGAACUCACGAGAAAUUGAAACUCAUUUCUUUAUGGGGCAAUAAGAUAGACGCGAUUGACAAAAAAUUGAUUGAAGAUGCAGCUUUUGUCAUAGAAAUGAAAGAAAAUUUAUGCAAUCAGGAUAAAGAAAUAUUGAAACACGAACUGGAAUUGAAACUUAGUAAAUGCUUUGAAAACUAUCAAAAUCGAUUUUGUACACCUAAUUUAAUGGAAACGUCAAAAAAGCUUUCAAUAUCUUUAAGUUUUUUUUAUGAAAUGAUGACAACAGCAACAGAACCGAGAACCUCAACGACUUUAAUGACUUUUCCAACUUUCACAGCCAGUCCAACUCCCACAACAACUCAGCCAACAACUAAAUCCACUACAACAACCCAGCCAACAACUAAAUCCACUACAACAACCACAACAACAAAACCAACGACUACUUCAACCACUACAAAAGCUACAACAACAACCUCAGCAUCCACAACAACUGUAGAUCCCAGAAAAGCACUCGAACCUAAAAUAAUGAAUCUCUUAAACAGCCUAUCAGCACUUCAAACAGCUGUAAGUUCAGCAACUGUUCAAGACGAGGCAUGUCAAGACAGCAUAUCAUCUAGUUUAGUAGCUUACUUAGCUACAGGUCUGAAAUUGGAAACUAAUAUCUCCAAGGAACCUUAUAGUAAGAAUGUUAAAGAUUUGACUACUUUGGAGGGUAAUUUGAGUGACAUUAGCAAAGAAUGGAAUGAAUGUUUGUCUAGAACUACAAGUACGACAUCUACAACAACCAGCACAACAGCUGAGAAACCUACAACAACCAGCACAACAGUUGAGAAGCUUACAACAACCAGUACAACAGUUGAAAAGCCUACAACAACCAGCACAACAGUUGAGAAGCCUACAACAACCAGCACAACAGUUGAGAAGCCUACAACAAGCAGCACAACAGUUGAGAAGCCUACAACAAGCAGCACAACAGUUGAGAAGCCUACAACAAGCAGCACAACAGUUGAGAAGCCUACAACAAGCAGCACAACAGUUGAGAAGCCUACAGCAAGCAGCACAACAGUUGAGAAGCCUACAACAAGCAGCACAACAGUUGAGAAGCCUACAACAAGCAGCACAACAGUUGAGAAGCCUACAACAAGCAGCACAACAGUUGAGAAGCCUACAACAACCAGUAACGCAACUGAGAAGCCUAAAACAACUAGCACAACUACAGAAUCUAAAACAACUCCAAAUAAAACUACAACAACUCCGACUGAGUCUAGAACAAUGACAUCAGAACACACAACAACAACAACAACUAAACAGACCACAAAAAUCACCAAAGAAGUAAAAGCAUUCAUAACUAAGCCAUCUACAACAACAACUUUAUCUACAACAUCAAAACCAACAACCACAACUAUUGAUCCUAGAAAUGCUCUCGAACCUCAAGUUACUUCACUUUUAUCCAGCUUAUCAGCACUUCAAAAUAAAGUUAAAACUACAACCAUUCAAGAUCAAGCAUGUAUUGAUAGAAUUUCAUCAAAUUUAGCUUCAUUUCUAGUCUCAGCUCAACAGUUGCAAGAUAGUGUCUACAAAGAUCCAUUUAGUAAGCUUUUGAACACUUUGAGGACUUUGAAAGGAAGACUGAAUGGUUUUAUAAAUGAUUGGGACAUAUGCUUGGCAAAUAUAGCUUUUGAUAAGACAACGAUAGCUUUGACAACUCAGAAGCCUUCAACAAUUGCAACAACUAGGAAACCUACAAAAACUGACGAGCCAUCAACAACUGAGAAUCCAGCAAUAACCAAACUUCUUACAAUAUUAACAACAUUAAGUCCUUCACCAACAAUCGAAAUUACAAAUUUAGGAAGAACAAUGGCAACGGAAAGACAACAACAUAAAACGAUAGCCAUGGAUACUUGCGGUAAAAUGAAAAUCGGACAACAACUGGUGUUUGGUGGAAGCAAGAUUCAACGUGGAUCAUUUCCAUGGAAAGCUGCUUUGUAUCGACCAAAUGGAGACUUUUUUUGUAGCGGUACGAUCAUAUCCACUUCAAAAGUAAUUACAGCUGCUCACUGCAUUUGGGAAAAGCACUCAUCGUAUCCAAUUAAAUCUCAUGAAAUUAGAGUUGGAUUUGGUAUUCACAAUCUUUUUGAUCUGUUUGAAGCUGGUAAAGUUAUAGCUGGUGUGAAGACUGUUCAUAUUCAUCCAGAUUGGAAUGCAUUUGAUGCUGAUAUUGCAGUUCUAGAACUUACUGAAGAUAUUUCAUUUAAAAAUAAUAUUCAACUAAUUUGUAUGAUUCAGACUAAUUCAGAAUUUCCAUUGGAUGCAACUGGAGUUGUUGCUGGUUUUGGACGGAGUGAAAAUCAUAAAUUUGAGUUUAUUGCGAAUGUUAUUAAAGUUCCCAUCUUAAGUUAUAAAGACUGUCAAAAGCAUGUACAAUUUCACCCAAUAAUUAGUCAUCGAACAAUUUGUGGUGGAUAUGCCAACGGAACUGGAGUUUGUAAUGGUGACAGUGGAAGUGGAUUAGUUGUGGAGCACAAUGGUUCUUUUUAUCUUCGAGGAAUUGUCUCAGCAUCUCUUUUUGGUGAAUAUCUUCAAUGUGAUGUGAAUGAUUAUGCAGUUUUUACGGAUGUCACAAAAUUUGAUAAUUGGAUUAAAACCGGAAACGAUCACAAAUCAGAUUCUGUGGUUCAAGAACAAAUAGAAGAGAUUAAGAAAUUGAAGGAAAAAAUACUUAAACUUGGUGGUAAUGUUGAUGAUGACAAAUGACGUCCAGGGGAGGAGGAAGGGUCAGCAAGUAAAGAACUAUACAUGGACAUCAUUAGUAAAUGACCCCUUCAAAGAAGCGGCAAAAUUAAUAAAACGAUUAUAUUUUUUUUAAACAAAA